AUGCCUGUCAAUACAAGAUUGAUCAACUGUGAAGAGACUUCAGAGAAUCAAACUACUGCACCUGAAUUCUUUUCAACCUUAAUAACUGUGAGAAAAUCACCACACAAUAACAAUAAUCAAGAUAAUGAUAAUAUAACUGAUGAAGCUGCUGUCUUGAGGCAAUCUACUGUCAAUGAUGACAAUAAUCUAAGCUCUGAUCUUGCUGCUUAUCUUCAGAAUCAUGAAGAUAUCUCUGUUCUGAGCAGAGUUCUUCAAGAAUUCUGUGAAUGUGUUAAAUAUCUUCAAAAACCAGGUCUUCUCAAAUCAACAUCUGAUUAUCUCAUUUGAAAGGAAGAGAUUCUGCUUAUUAUUAAGCAAUCUUAUACAGAAGAUAUUCUCACUAGCAAGC